AAUUGGAUGAAUUUGAGGGAUGCCGACAAUGGCAGGAUCAUCUGGGAGGAGAGCACCGACCUAUCCAAACCAGACCAAGAACACGAAGCUCGAGUGCCAAAGUCUAUACUCAAAUGCAGAGCCGUUUCCCGUGAAAUCAACUUCUCUUCGGUGGAAGCGAUGGAAAAGUUUCGAUUAGAACAGAGGGUUCUCUUCAAAGGCAAAUGUCUCGAAGAGUGGUUCUUUGAGUUCGGAUACGUGAUCCCCAACUCGACCAACACAUGGCAGUCGCUUAUAGAGGCGGCUCCAGAGAGUCAGAUGAUGCCCGCCAAUGUACUCAACGGUAACGUUAUAAUUGAGACCAAAUUCUUUGACGACGACCUCUUAGUGAGCACUUCAAAGGUUCGCCUCUUUUACAUCUGA